ACACACACCACACAUCUCCGACACAUUCUUCUUUACAGCAGCUUCGCGUGCUCCGCUAAUGCCGUGCACAGGAAGGAAGGGGGGGACAGUCUGAAAUACAUCGCUGUGUGAACCCGCCCUUCAUAUACACACACACGUUAUCCAUCCCCCCCAGCAGGACGAGGCGAGUCUUCAAGGAGGGAGGGAGGCAGACGGACGGGAUCCCACACGGACGUUUAAACAGGGGGAGCGAGGAGAUGGCGCACACUGUGGGACCCGUGCCGGGAGUGCCAGGGGUGCCGGGAGCCCAGCAAUGCGUCACCAAGGUGGAGAUGUCAGUGUCGUGCACCAACCUCCUGGACAAAGACAUCACCUCCAAGUCGGAUCCGCUCUGCGUGCUUUACAUGGAGUGUGGCCCAGGAAACUGGAUGGAGCUGGGCCGUACGGAGAGCAUGAAGAACGAUCUGAACCCGGUGUUCGCGCACAAGUUCCAGAUCGACUACCACUUUGAGGAGGUGCAGAAGCUGCGUUUUGCCAUCUACGAUCUCGACAGCCCCAGCAAGCGACUACAGGAUCACGACUUCCUGGGGGACCUCACCUUGACCCUUGGACAGGUGGUUUCAAGCAAGAAAUUAUCCCGUGCACUUGUACUCAAAGAUGGCCGCCCUGCUGGAAAGGGAAUAAUACAGGUGUUGGCUGAAGAAAUGAAGGACAACCGUCAUUUGCAACUCCUGUUCGAAGGCAUAAAACUAGACAAGAAGGAUUUUUUUGGUAAAUCGGACCCUUACCUGGAGUUCUUCAAGAAAGGGGAUGAUGGGAGUUGGGUUCUGGUUCACAGGACAGAGGUGGUGCUGAACACCCUCAACCCGUCAUGGCGGCCGUUCACGCUCGCCGUGCAGUCGUUGUGCGGUGGGGACCUCGAUAGAUCUGUCCGUGUGACCUGCUACGAUUACGACAGCGACGGAGGCCAUGACUUCAUAGGCGAAUUCCAGACGAGCGUCACGCAAAUGCUUGAGGCACAGAGUGGCAAACAGGUGGACUACAAAUGCAUCAAUGCUAAAAAGAAACAGAAGAAGAAAGACUACCAACACUCCGGCAUCGUGCGGCUCAGAUCCUGCAAGAUGUACGCGGAAUACACUUUCCUGGACUACAUCUCCGGAGGCUGUCAGCUGAAUUUCACGGUCGGUAUCGACUUCACGGCGUCCAACGGGGACCCGCGGGACCCGUCCUCGCUGCACCACAUCAGCCCGACCGGCACCAACGAGUACCUGGCCGCCGUGUGGGCCGUGGGCCAGGUCAUCCAGGACUACGACGCGGACAAGCAGUUCCCAGCUCUCGGAUUUGGAGCUCAGCUUCCUCCAGAAUGGAGGGUCUCGCACGAAUUUGCCCUGAAUUUCAACCCCCUAAACCCAUUCUGCACAGGUGUGGAGGGCAUAGUGCAGGCGUACAUGGCGUGCCUUCCCCAGGUGCGCCUCUACGGCCCCACCAACUUCUCCCCGAUCAUCAACCACGUCGCACGAUUCGCCGCUGCCGCUGCCCAGCAGCCCGCAGCUACGCAGCAGUACUUUGUGCUGCUCAUCGUGACGGACGGCGUGAUCAGCGACAUGGAUGAGACGCGCCUCGCCGUGGUGCAGGCCUCCCGGCUGCCCAUGUCCCUCAUCAUCGUGGGCGUGGGCAGCGCCGACUUCUCCGCCAUGGAGUUCCUGGACGGCGACGGCGGCGUCCUCAAGGCGCCCUCGGGCGAGCCGGCCGCCCGCGACAUCGUGCAGUUUGUGCCGUUCCGCGACUUCCGCAACGCUCCCAAGGAGGCGCUGGCUAAAGCGGUGCUGGCGGAAGUGCCAGGACAGGUGGUCACCUACUUCAAGCAGUGCAGCCUUGCGCCGGCGGCUAUCGAACAGGCGUCGCAGUAGCUUUGACACAACGGAAAACCACAACAACAACGUGGAGUUAAACGUGGAUAUCCGCAUGGUCCUUUUCAACUGGAGGUGGCAUUUUCAUCGAUAUUCUUUAGUUAUGUGACAAUAUCGCCAGUGUUGCAUAAUUUAUGCCCAAUAUCGUUUUGUUAAUUUCCUAUGUUUAUUUUUUAUUUUUUUUAUUUUUUUGUGCUUUGUUAAAGAGAGGGCCCAACUUUUGGGAUGUGCGGAUAACCUAGGUUUUAUAAUUUUACUCACCCUCUGUGUCAAAUUGUUUAAAGCGAUGCCCAAGUUAAGUCAAGUGCUGAGAAAAUUGGUUGUACAAUUUUACUUACCCUCUGUUUAAAAUACUUUCACGAGGUCAGACAUUUUUUAUCGUGAAUAUUUACCACCUUCAGCCAAAAACGUUGUCAUAGCUUUCCUACGUAACAGGAGGCUGCGUAUUGGGAGGAUGGUAAACAGAACUGUGCCCGUUUUUAGUUUGUGACAUGGGCCUCCAGGAUCGGCUUUAACAAUACACAAAGGUGUGCAGUAGUUGAUGCACAAAAGCUCUCAGCCUUAACCAGACCACCAGCUCAAAGUAACUGAAUGUGUUCCCAUGUCGUUUAGACCGCCAACUCGGUAAGAGUGAGCAUCAACAUCCACGUCUCGGUCACCGGUGCUACAAAAAAACUACGCUCUUUUCUGCAGUUUUUUCAAAAUGUACCUUUAACUCUUAAAAACAAGCAAGAUGGGAACAAACUGAAAGUAUUUGUUAAAAAAACAGCCAUAGUGCAAUGCCUAAUUAGCACAAGAGUGGAGCGUUUUAUUAAAAUUCACAAUUAAGCUGUUUAAUUCUACGUAGAACUGCGUCAUUGUUUGCCAUUGUAUCAAUUGAAAACAAAUCAUAUCCUUAUUAAUGGUUCUUAUAAAUGAGAAUUGUUUUAUUUGUUGAAAAACUAGAAACUAUUACUUUCGUGGUGGAGAUUAUUAGCUUGUUAUUCGGUAUACCUAUGGUGAAAAAGUGAAUCUAUUUUGAGUCUUUUUUUGUGGCAGAAACCAAGUGACUUGAAAAUUGUUUUAAUUGUGUUCUGUGAAAAUAUUGUUUGCCCUCUGAAAAAUAAAACAGUUAUAUUGAUCAACUUUUGGCAUGUGACCACAGCCAAGUCUCACAAUAUAAAUAACUGGGAGAGUAAUGCAUUGAUUUGCGUGAAACGUAUUUCUUAGGGCCAGCAUAAGUUCCACGGCACAUGUAGCUUGCUGUGUUUCAAAUGUGUGUGUCAAGUGAAUGCAUUGUUUGCAAAAGAAAUGUACCAAAAAACUUUUUAAAGGCAUUUAAAUCCAUGUUUUUUUGUUGUUUGUUUAUGUGCCCAUAUCAGAGGUUCUAGGUAACUUGUACGUUGUCAGAUGUUUUUAUUUUUAAUAUUGUUACGAAUCAAAGACCAACUAUAGUUACGUUGUUAAGUCGGUUUUUUGUCAGUGCUAAUGUCACAGUCAACUCCAGUGCAGUUCCAGGUCGUGCAUUUGCUCGGGAAGACUACAUUGAGUGCAAAGCCACCUUGUCGUGAUUAAAUGUCAUCGAUGAAUUUAGGGAGCUGUAACCUUUUGGGUUGAACGCAUUCUAUAAAGUCGGGUGUUGUUGUUUCUGCAAAAGACAAGUUUGUCUCGCAGAAAACUGCAGUGACAGUAUUUGCUCCUUUUGUAUAGUAUUGUUGCAUUGGCAUCAGAUGCUGCCCCAGAGCGGUCCAGUGCCAUGGAAUGUCCUGUGCCUAGCUGUUCUUAGUAAGCUUAACGAUGAAUUUUAAACGGCCGUGUGGAUGUUGUAAAUAAAUGGAUUAACGUGUCUG